ACAUGACCGACUCCUCUCACUGCGUAUGCGUCUCUUUCGCGUCUGCCUCCUCGCAGCGAGCGUGUGCCGUCCGGCCUGCGUCGCUUCGGCCGUCUACCUCCUCCUCUUUCUCUGGAGUGGCGCCCUGUUUCUCGCACUGUCGCCACGCCUCGUCGAGGCCGCCGCGCUGCUGCUCUCGGUGUGCGCCACGACCUUCGCGCUGACGGGCGCGC